AUGCUUGCCUCCUUCAGAACAGCAGGCUCGUUGGCUCGACAAGCAGCAUCUGUCGGGCAAAGGCGUUGCCUAUCUAUUCACGAAUACCAGUCAGUGAACCUACUUAACUCGUAUGGUAUACCGACACCAAAGAGCGUUGUUGCAAGAUCUCCCGAAGAGGCCUACAACGUUGCCCAGAAUUUUGGCACGGACAAGCUAGUGAUUAAGGCACAGGUGCUUGCCGGUGGUCGUGGCAAAGGAAAGUUCGACAAUGGCUUCCAGGGAGGUGUACAUACCGUCGACAACCCACAGCAAGCCUGGGACUAUGCUGGCAAGAUGAUUGGUUCGAAACUCAUCACGAAGCAAACCGGUGUUGCUGGUAGAAUCUGCAAUUCUGUUAUGCUUGCGGAGCGUCGGGAUCCCUCCCACGAAUACUAUGUUGCUGUACUCAACGACCGCGUUACCCAAGGCAUUGUUCUUGUCGCGUCCAACCAGGGAGGCAUGAACAUCGAGGAAGUUGCUGCAACUAAUCCUGACGCCAUCAUCACGACUCCCAUUGACUUCGAGAAGGGUCUGAGCAAGUCCACGGCCCUUGAACUUGCUAGAACUCUUGGAAUCAAGGAAGGUGGACAAGAAGCAGCAGCAGACAUUUUCAUCAAUUUGUGCAAGAUAUUCAAGGACAAGGAUGCUACUCAAAUUGAAAUCAACCCUAUGGCCGAAACUGUUGAUGGCCAUGUACUUUGCAUGGACGCUAAAUUCGGCUUUGAUGACAAUGCCGAGUUCCGUCAUAAGGAUGUCUUCGCGCUCCGCGACAUUUCUCAGGAGGAGCCAUCGGAAGUUGAAGCUCAGAAGGCCGGUCUGAACUUCAUCAAGCUCGAUGGCAGCAUUGGUUGUUUGGUCAACGGUGCAGGACUGGCCAUGGCAACCAUGGACGUCCUGGCUCUGCAUGGCGGCAAUCCCGCCAACUUCUUGGAUUGCGGAGGAGGUGCCACUCCCGAGACGGUCAAAAAAGCCUUCGAGAUUCUCCUCUCUGACCCUAAGGUCAAGAGUAUCUUUAUCAACAUCUUCGGUGGUAUCAUGCGAUGCGAUUACAUUGCCGAGGGUGUCAUCAGGGCAACCAAGGAGCUUGGUGUCAACGUUCCAUUAAUCGUCAGAUUGAAGGGAACAAUGGAAGCGGAAGCGAAGGCGAUGAUCAAGGAGUCUGGUCUGAAGAUAGUCGCAUUGGACAGCCUUGACGAAGCUGCCGAGGCUGCUGUGCAGCUGGCAGUUUAG